GCCGCCCAACGCUGGGUCAGCCGCUGCGUGCACCGCGCCGUUGCUAGGGCGACGGUUAGGCGGAGGCGGCAGGAACAAGGCCGGGAAGCUGCGGCAGCCCCGGGGUUGGAGCGACGUCUGUGGCGAUGGCUCACGAAGGCUCGGAUAUGCCUUUGGAUGUGUUCAUAAAACUGGAACUGAUGUUUUUGAAGAGGCAGGAGAGACAGAUCCGGGACCGCGGGGUGACCCGAUCCAAGGCGGAAAAGGCGCGGCCUCCUGCGGUGCAGGUGCCACAGGUGGACAUCGUGCCUGGGCGGCUCACGGAGGCUGAAUGGAUGGCGCUCAUGGCUCUAGAGGAGGGAGAGGAUGUUGUGGGGGACAUCUUGGCUGAUCUGCUGUCGCGCGUCAUGGACUCUGCCUUCAAAGUCUACUUGACCCAGCAGUGCGUUCCAUUCACCGUUAGCCAGGCCCGAGAGGCCAUGCUACAGAUCACUGAGUGGCGCUUCCUGGCCAGGGAUGAGGGAGAAUCUGCAGUGGCCGAGGACCCCACGUGGGGCGAGGACGAGGAACCCUUUGCAUGCACGACGGAUGCCUGGGCUCAGGGAUCAGUGCCCGUGCUUCAUGCACCCGCCUUCAUGGGGCCAGAGGACACCUUCCAAGGCGAGGACCAAGGGAGAGUGAUGGCGAGAGGCUCUCAGGAGCAGAUGGAAUCUUGGGAGCAUUCUCCAGAGCUACAAUUCACUCCAGGCCCCCCACCUACCCCAGAGCUGUUUCAGGAGACAGGGUCUAGGGGUCCUUUAGUGGACUUGGACAUCCAGGCCAGAGACCACCAGGCCACUGUGCGGUCCUUGAACGUGAGCCGCCAGCCGUCGGUGGAGCUGGCUCCAGAUGGCAGUCCCCACCCUUCUCUGGAGCUGUCCCAGGUAGCCAGCACCCAGACCUUGGCCCGGAGGGCACAGCCCCGCGGCUCCCAGUCCUUGCUGGAGGACCUCCAUUAUUGCACGUCCCAACCGCACGUAGCUGGGGACGGGCUGAAGUGCAAGAAGGAGGAUGUGCCCCGCAUCAGCUCGGGGGUGUCGGGGGCCGGCCUUUCCUCGGGCUCUUCCACCACGCUGAGCCGUUUCGCCUCAUUAGAGCCACGGCAGCCCAGGUUCACGGAUGCGCUGCGGAGCGGACUUCCCUACAGGAUGGGCCUCAAGGCUGGGGCAUGUCUGGACCCCACGCGCCUGCCACGCCAUUGGGUGCGCCCGCUGGCCGAGGUUCUGGUUCCGGACUCUGAGGCACGCCACCUGGAAGCCUACCGCGGGCGCCGAAGGGUUGCGAAGACCAAGGCUCCCCAGCCCUCCGCCAGACCCCUAGCAUCCGGACCCGGCGUCCGCGUCUCCCCGACAGUUUUCUUCUCUCUCCCACCUAGCACUCCUUUCCAUGCCUUGGGCCGGAGCCCUGGCCUCCAGUCCCCCACUUUAAGCUUAGGCCUACCAUCGCCAGGCUUUGGGUCAAAAUUGCCCUUUCCCAGACCUGGGCUUGGCUUUCUUGCCACGCACCUGGCCUUCCCUGAUCUGGCCCGGAGCCCCAGCCCCAAACUGUGGCCUGGUGCCAAGUGGCCCAGUGGCUGGGAGGGGGAGGCUGAGUUGCUGGGCGAGGUGUGGGCCGGCCGCAGCCGUGUAAAUCCACAGGGCCUGGAUCCCAGGGACCGGGAGGGUCAGGAUCCUCACAGGUGGCCACAAAUGGCACCCCGAGUCCUUGAGGCCACGUCCCAGGUGAUGUGGAAGCCCAUGUUGCUGCCUGAUGCAAUGAAGCUGGCUCCUGGUGUGAGCAUGUGGAACCCAAGCACCCAGGUGCUGCUCAGGGCUGCAGUACCCCAGCAGGAGGACAAAGAAAGCGUCACCUCUCUCCCCAUUGAACAGCACCCCAUCCAGACAGAUGCCCCAAAGCCUCAGGUGUCCGUGGGAGAACUGGUUAAGCACCCAACCCCCAAAGUGUGGUCAUCCCUCCCCAAGCACCUGCCCUCUUCUGGGCCCUGAAGCUCAGGCAGUCUGUUCCUCCUUUCUGCUUGCCAGAAUAAACACCUGAGUCGCCUUAAGAGUUGGCCUGAUGUCUCUGUUUCUUCCAAGGGUGUUCACUCAGUAGUAGUUGUCCUGCAGUUCUAAAAGAAUAGAGAACACUGGUGCCAGGGAAUAACCCUGUUUCCACCCUUGGGAGACCCUGC